CGGCGGCUCCUCGGCCUCUCUUAUUGCCGCUGAGUUGCGCUCCUCUUCCUCAGGCUGCGAGCAGGAGCCGCCCGGCCGCUUCCCCCUUCCCCGGCCGGCCGGGACUCCCCGCGGCAGCGCCGCGCCCGCCCGCUCGCUCCCCACCGGGGCAGAGCACUCCCCGGAGCCCGCCCCGAGGUGCCAGCAGCAGCCGCCGGGAUUUUUGUCUGUCUUGUUUGUGUGUUUUUUUUUUUCCUUUUUUUUUUUUUUUUUUUCCCCUCGCUUUCAUUUGGCUUUGUAGUCUCGCUGGGAAUGGCAGGGGCAGCGGCGCCUGGAGAAGGAACAAGUGUGGGGAAAGGGAGAGGGAGCCGGAGCUGAAUGACAGGAUGCGGGCGACUUGAGGCACGGAAAGAGAAGCCAGCCUCCCUCUGCCCCGGGGACUGCUCUUGCGGACCGUGCUUUCUGCUCCUCGCUCCGGCCGAAGGAUUUAAGACCUAGGAAGAGUUGUGUGUGGAGGGCUUUUUUUUUUUUUUAUUGUUAUUGUUAUUAUCAUUCAUCCUCUCCCUGCUCUCGGAAGGGAAAAUGGAUUGGGGACUUCUCCUGCACUGCGCAGCCCUCACCUUCACCCUCGCCAGGGCUCUGCGAAGCGACAAAUGCGGCGACACCAUCAAAAUAUUAAACCCCGGGUACCUCACCUCUCCGGGCUACCCCCAGUCCUACCACCCCAGCCAGAAGUGCGAGUGGCUGAUCCAGGCCCCGGAGCCCUACCAGAGGAUCAUGAUCAACUUCAACCCCCACUUCGACCUGGAGGACCGCGACUGCAAGUAUGAUUAUGUUGAAGUGAUUGAUGGAGAUAAUGCUGAAGGACGCUUAUGGGGAAAGUACUGUGGAAAAAUUGCUCCCCCUCCUUUAGUGUCUUCAGGACCAUAUCUUUUCAUUAAAUUUGUUUCCGACUAUGAAACACAUGGAGCAGGAUUUUCUAUCCGUUAUGAAGUUUUCAAAAGAGGCCCUGAAUGCUCCAGAAACUUUACUUCAUCAAGUGGAGUGAUAAAGUCCCCUGGAUUCCCUGAAAAAUAUCCCAAUAGCCUUGAAUGCACUUAUAUUAUCUUUGCACCAAAGAUGUCAGAGAUUAUACUGGAAUUUGAAAGCUUUGAACUAGAACCUGAUUCAAAUACCCCAGGGGGAGCGUUCUGUCGCUAUGACCGAUUGGAAAUCUGGGACGGAUUCCCUGAUGUUGGCCCACACAUAGGGCGCUAUUGUGGGCAGAACAACCCAGGCCGCGUCCGCUCUUCAACAGGGAUUCUUUCAAUGGUAUUUUACACCGACAGUGCAAUAGCAAAAGAGGGAUUCUCAGCAAACUACAGCGUGUCGCAGAGCAGUGUAUCGGAAGAUUUCCAGUGCAUGGAACCACUAGGUAUGGAGUCAGGAGAAAUUCACUCUGAUCAAAUCACUGUCUCCUCCCAGUACAGUGCUAUCUGGUCUUCAGAAAGGUCUCGGCUAAAUUACCCUGAAAAUGGAUGGACCCCAGGGGAAGAUUCUACCAGGGAAUGGAUACAGGUGGAUCUAGGCCUUCUCCGCUUCGUCUCUGGAAUUGGGACCCAAGGAGCCAUCUCUAAAGAAACAAAGAAAGAAUAUUACCUGAAAACAUACCGCGUAGAUGUCAGCUCCAAUGGAGAGGACUGGAUUACACUUAAGGAGGGAAACAAGCCUGUUGUGUUUCAAGGGAAUAGCAAUCCCACUGAUGUUGUUUACAGACCUUUUGCCAAACCAGUUUUAACACGGUUUGUGCGAAUUAGACCUGUGUCUUGGGAAAAUGGAGUAUCGCUGAGAUUUGAAGUAUAUGGUUGCAAGAUAACAGAUUACCCUUGCUCUGGGAUGCUGGGUAUGGUGUCUGGGCUCAUUCCUGACUCUCAGAUUACUGCAUCUACUCAAGUUGAUCGAAACUGGAUCCCAGAAAAUGCUCGCCUCAUAACAAGCCGUUCAGGUUGGGCGCUGCCACCAACUACUCAUCCAUAUACAAAUGAAUGGCUUCAAAUAGACCUUGGUGAAGAAAAGGUGAGGGGCAUAAUUGUCCAAGGAGGCAAGCACCGAGAAAACAAAGUAUUCAUGAAAAAAUUCAAAAUCGGCUACAGCAACAAUGGAUCAGAUUGGAAAAUGAUCAUGGAUUCCAGCAAGAAAAAGAUAAAGACUUUUGAAGGAAACACCAACUACGACACACCUGAACUGCGGACUUUUGAACCUGUAUCGACAAGAUUCAUCCGUGUCUACCCCGAGAGAGCCACACAUGGAGGACUGGGACUGCGAAUGGAGCUGCUGGGCUGUGAACUCGAAGCUCCUACAGCUGUUCCUACCGUUUCCGAAGGCAAGCCUGUAGAUGAGUGUGAUGAUGACCAGGCGAACUGUCACAGUGGCACAGGUGAUGACUACCAACUGACAGGUGGUACUACAGUACUGAAUACAGAAAAGCCAACAGUAAUAGACAAUACACUACAACCAGAGUUGCCAAUAUACAACUUCAACUGUGGGUUUGGCUGGGGAUCUCACAAGACUUUGUGCCACUGGGAACAUGACAACCAGGUGGAUUUGAAGUGGGCAAUUCUGACCAGCAAAACUGGGCCAAUUCAAGACCACACAGGAGAUGGCAACUUCAUUUACUCGCAAGCUGACGAAAGCCAGAAAGGCAAAGUUGCCCGGCUGCUGAGCCCCGUGAUUUACUCACAGAACUCUGCCCACUGCAUGACCUUCUGGUACCAUAUGUCCGGCCCGCAUGUCGGCACCCUGAAGAUCAAGCUGCGGUACCAAAAGCCAGAUGAAUACGACCAGGUGCUGUGGACCCUAAGCGGGCACCAGGCAAACUGCUGGAAGGAGGGACGUGUUCUUCUGCACAAGUCUGUGAAACACUACCAGGUGGUUAUAGAGGGAGAAAUUGGAAAAGGAAAUGGAGGAAUUGCUGUGGAUGACAUUAAUAUUGACAAUCACGUAGCACAAGAGGAUUGCAGAAAAUCAACUGAUGUGGAGAAUGAAAUAGAUGAAGAAGACCCAGAAAGUAAUCAAACAGGGUUUACGCCUCGAUAUCAUACAGAUGAGGACUACGAUGACAACAUCUCCAGGAAACCAGGCAACGUCCUGAAAACCCUAGAUCCAAUCCUUAUUACUAUCAUAGCCAUGAGCGCACUUGGGGUGCUUUUAGGAGCCAUCUGUGGAGUUGUCCUGUACUGUGCUUGUUGGCACAAUGGGAUGUCAGAGAGGAACUUGUCUGCACUGGAGAAUUACAAUUUUGAACUGGUCGAUGGUGUAAAACUGAAGAAAGACAAACUAAACACACAGAAUUCUUACUCGGAAGCAUGAAGGUAUAAAGUGAGUGGAGAAGUUUCAGAAAAUCGAGAUGGAAGGACAUAGCUCGGUCAUGCUGGGGAACUGUUGAUCUUCUUUUACUGUACAGGCUGAAAAGUGCAUUGAUGACACUGAGCCAAGCUUUUCUCAGGAGCUUCAAUGAGUGUGUAACCGAUAAACAUGGACACCAACCUGUGUUAACAAUCUGAAUCAUGUACAGUCUGCUUUUUCUGUUGGUUUUAUUUGAAAUAAUCAAAUGCUGGUGUUGAGACCAAGUAUGAUUGACUUAUAGUACAUUUUGUCUUUCUUUCUCUCCCUUUCUUUUGUUUUCUGUUAAUGGAUAAUUUUGUUUUACUGUGCAAAAUCCAAGAUGCUGUCACAAAAUGUAUUCAGUGGGGUCCUUUGGAUGGACAUGCUGUCUGUAGCUCAGUGCCCAGAAAUUAUUGGAGUAACAGCAAUUUAGUGGACUCCUGCACCUGUAUUUGUGUAUAAUUGCUCGUGUUGUGCAUAGGCAAAGAAGGUUUAGGAUGUUUUUGAAAGUACUGCUGCAUCAGUACCAAUAUAGUGUGUCAGCUCUGUUUACGAAGCAAUACAGUCAAAUUUUAUUGAUGUUUUUCAGUGUUGUACUAAAUUUUGUGCUUGUGAACUCCAUAAAAGAGUAUGUGCCAUCAUCAGACACAACUGGUAACUGAGUGUACUGCCUAAAAUCUAAACAAAAAAAGUCCUUGGCACUGGCUAGUGUAUGUCCUCUCAAGUGCCUUUUUGUUUGUACUGCUUCUCAUUGUGUUAACAUUGACUACAGCUCUGCUUCUCUCCAGUUGCGCCCUUGUCUUUAAUCAUAUACUGAUGGCUCACUGACUAAAAGAAAAGUAUAUUUUAGGGUAAGAAAGUAGCCUAAGGAAGGCAAGGGCUAAUCAGAUUUGACCACCUGGCUCGAUUGUUCUGCUUUCUGUAUUUCAACUUCAUGUCUCUUGACCCUUUUGUAUAAAGCUGCAAUAUCCCCUUUUAUUGUUCUUUCAUAUAGAAUGUAUUUUCAACUGUAAAAUCUCUCUCCCUUUUUCUUCUCAUUCUCUCUUUCUCUCUCUGAGUAGAUUGCAUAAACAUUUGCCAUUGCCAAGGAAAGAAAACUGCAGCUUUAACUUGUUGGUAAUGGCAAAGGAUUUUAUUAGAGUUUGUGUUAAAAAAAUAAGGGAAAAUUCUUAACUUUACCCUCCAAAGUCGAACUUUGGGUUUCUUCUUAACAGCAUAAAGUGACAGUAUCUUUUUUCCUGAAGUCAUGAAACACAUCUUUUAUCCUGAACAACUUGCCUGUUAAUUACACUAGGGAAAAUGAAUCCCUCACUGAAACAAUUGCCUUUAAAAUGAGAAACUUUCCUCCUGCCACUACCUGAAUCAGACUUCUGUUCUCUCAGUAAACCUGUAUUUUCAUGCUAAUCAAUGCUAAUUGGGCUUGCACAUGGGUACUGAGGGCAGAAUAAAAUCCCACAGUGCAUGUAGGGGAUGUUCGUACCAUUCUGUUAUAUCUGACUGGCAUCUCAUACCACGAGGUUUCUGUUUGACCAGAAGUGCAGAUAGUGGUAGAUUCAGUGAGCUGAGAUAAUUUAAGCUGUCAGGAAAAUGUGCUCAACAAUUAUGUGGCAAUUUUUUAAUAUUUAGGGACAAAUAUUAUUGGACAAAUAAUAUCCAACAGCUUAUGCAGCUGGUCCAGAAGGGUAAAAAGAAACAAGUAUGUUGUGCUCAGGAGAACACAGGAGGAGGUGAGGGGGCAGAGGGUUUCUCCCCUACUACCACUGUGAGGGCAGCCCCAGGCCAUCUGCAGUGACCUCCACUACACAGCUGGAGCUGGGGAGCUUCAGCCAAUGCAAACCUGGUGGAAGGGGUGUCCUGCAAAGUCCUGAACUCCUUCCUCACUGAAUUCCCUCCAUAGAGCCAGGGAAGUGAUUGUGACUUUUGGAGUUAGUCCUUUCCAAAACUGAUUUUGUAGUAGAGCAAUGAAGUAUCCUGCCCAGGGUUAGGACUACAGAAGGGCUAAUUCACCAUUGAAUUACUACAGCAACAGAAUACACCCCUAUUUCUCAAUUAAAUGUUUUGAAGCAUAUCUACCAACGUAAACAAUGCUAAUCAUAAAACAGAAACUAAUCACAAAACAGAAAAUCCUGUGGAAACCAGUAACCCAGAAAUUGAAGAAGAGGGAGGGAGACUAAAGGUUAAAAAUAUGAGGUAGGUAGUUGAAAAUAUUUUAGAGGAAGACUCAAUAGAAAAAACAGUGGACAGUUGCAACUUCAAAGAACUCCUAAAGCAGAGACUAUAGUGAAUAUUCAAACACACACUUCAGGUCUUCAUACCUUUGCCUAAAUUGUAAGAAUUACCUCCCCAGGCUCUAGACCUUGGGUCAUCCAGAAGGUGAGACGGAGCACCUAAGGCCUGAAAAUUAAGCCCAAAAUUUAGACCAUGAAAUGGCCCCAGUGACAAGCUCACUUUGGCAGAGGCAGAAUUUUCAUUUAUAUCUUACAGUGUAAGCUGACCAUCAUGGUAUCGCAGCAGCUAGUUAAUUAACCCAAAGAUAAUGGAUUUUUCAAAACUAUUUUCAGCAUACCACCAUGUGAUUCAGUUGUGUUAGGAUCUGCUAUCCUUAGCUCAAAACACUUCUAGUCCACUAGCCUGAGAGUUACAUUUAUGUAUUGCCUUGAAGAGAAAAUCCCACUGGGGAGCCCAGAUGCAAAACUUUUUGAAAUAUUCCCAUGGAUUUCAAUAGAUUCUGGACCAGCUCUUGGUCUUGGUCUGUUUGAAGAGUAAAGCUGGUGGUUGGUUUUUUGUUUUUCUGUAAUAUUUUAACAUACUGAGAAUGGUAAACAUAAAAAGAAUUGUAUCUCCUUUGUGGUCUUCAGACCUUACUAUGAUAAUGAGGAUCUAGCACUGAAGAUUUGAUUUCUCUGAAGGUAAUAGAAUGAAAGUUGCCCUUCAAAAAAGGAAAAAUGAUACUGCAACUUUACAUUGAAAAGUAUCUUGCACUGAUAAAUAUAUUUAAAAAAAAUUAUAUGUUUAUAAAGUUAUUAAUUUGUAAAGGCAGUGUUACAAAAUGUUCAGUUUAUAUUGUUUUAGAUUGUUUCAUAAUUUUUAAAGUGUAAAAUAACAUAUUUUUUUCUUUAUUGAAAAACUAUAAAAAUCUUCUGUAGUAAAAUGAUUUCAUUUUACUGGUAUAUUAUUGCUUCAUGUUUUGUACCAUCAUAAAACUUUGUGCAAAUUUUUUUUACAGAAAUUUUUAUUUUCUAUGACAAUAUGACACUUGUAAAUUGUUGUUUCAAAAUGAACAGCGAAGCCUUAACUUUAAAUGACAUUUGUAUUCUCAGACGCUGAGUAGCAUAAAAAAAAAAUCACAUAGAACUGAACUGUAACUUAAAUUUCCAAACUAUGACUACUACAUUCCAAAGAAACAGUUGAAUUAAACAUUUUCAUAAAAUAUCCCA